CCGAGAGCGAAAUUUGAGCUUUGUUUAUGUUGCAAAUAAUUGGUUUCUGCAAUAAAAAAAAAGAAAGCAACAAUCAGCUUUAAUAUACUUCGGCUUAAUUGUAAUUAAUUUAUUUGUAUUGGUACAGCGCAAGUGAUAAAGAAGAAAAGGAAUCAAAUUUGUCGUUGUUUGCUUGCUGGCAAGCGACUGCAAAUUCAAUUAAAAUCCACAUCAAACUGAGAAACUGUGUUCUAAUACAAGCUUUAUUUAAGCCCGGUGAUUUUGUAAUUGCUGAGUUCUUGUUUUAUAAUUAACUAAUGUACAUUUGUGUGCUGCUAUAAUGAAAGCAAAGUCAAUGCUUUGCCUCGGAUAUACGCUGGCGCAAUGCGAUAAGCGUGCCUGUGGCGUUAUUAAGAAUUUAUUAAUCAUAAAUGAUUUGGCAAUGCACUUGGGUUCAGACGCAUAUCAGUAAAAGAAAACCUUUGUGUAUCGACAUACAACUGGAAUUUCUGUAAAAUUAGCCGCAAAUAUUUAAACAAAUUUAACCGCAAAAAUAUGAGUUACUGGUGGCCCUUUAGGAGCAGAUAUUUGCCGCUGACGUUCGGAAAACGUGCGAUUUUGUUGGUUGCAUUCCUCAGCUGCUUAAUCAUUAUUUGGUACUUUGGGUGCAAUAGCCAUCCUAUAUGCAAGCGUGAUAAGCUGCCGCGCAAUGAUGGCAGCGCGCCAUGCAUUGUGCUUUGGUGGACCAAUAUUGGUGCUGAGAAAAUGACUUUCGAUGAUAUUCUAUGUGGCUACAACACAUGCGCUGUCACCAGCAAUCGAAAAUAUUUGCCACAGGCGAAGGCCAUACUUUUUUAUGCGAGCUCACUCAAUUGGCACGAUUUACCAUUGCCACGUCAGCCCGAACAAAUUUGGGCUUUGCUGCAUGAGGAAUCACCACGCAAUGUGUUGGAAUUUUUGUUUGAGGAAACGUUACAACAUUUCAAUUACACAUCGACUUUUAGUCGCUAUAGUGAUUUUCCGUUAACCAUAAAUGCACUACCCAAUAUAACCGAAAUAACCAAUCCGAAAUAUGUGGUGACAAUUGGUCGCAAAAAUGUUGCACGUAAUAAUCUUGCGCCUAUUCUAUUUCUACAAUCGGAUUGUUCCACAAUGUCAGGGCGAACAAAUUAUGUAGAAGAGCUAAUGCAGUAUAUUCCAAUCGACUCGUAUGGCAGUUGUUUAAAUAAUCGACAAAUGCCGGAGAGUUUACAAACCGAUUUCCUAAACAAACUAUAUACCGAGGAGAUGUAUCGCUUUAUCGGACAGUAUAAAUUUAUGAUCAGUAUUGAAAAUGGUGUCUGUGAAGACUACAUAACCGAAAAGUAUUGGCGUCCGCUGAUUGCUGGCACUGUGCCUAUUUAUUUUGGCUCACCAUCGAUACGAGACUGGGAGCCCUAUAAUCACUCAACAAUUUACAUAACCGACUACCAGAGUCCCAAAGAACUGGCCAAAUAUAUACUGGAAUUGGAUAAAAAUGACAGUGAAUAUGUCAAAUACCUACAACAUAAGUACAAUCAAAUCAUGCCCAUCACUAAUCAACGUUUAAUUGAAGAAUUCUACGUGCGCACCGAAGAAACGAUGUUUUUCACAAAAUUCGCUUGUCAAGUGUUGCAAGCAUUGUGGGCGCAAAAUGCAAAAACGAAAAUGGCCAAUCGCUUGCACUAUAAUUGCCCGUUGCCACUACCAUAUCCAGCGAUGGAAAGACCGCCCACUGAAAUACACUCCUGGAGCAGUCUUUUGAAGCGCGCGAAUUGCAUGGCGAAGAGCAUAGAUGAGUUGUUGCACAUAAAUCGGGUAUUUACCGAAGGAGAAUUACAUGAUUUGACGAAUGCGAAAAUAGAAAAUGAAUUGUGCUAGUGAUGAGUGGUUGAAAUUUGUGAAUUCAUGAGAGUAUAAUGAGGGAAAUUUGAUUGCGUGCGCGCAGAAAUGGAGCCAAAGAUAAAAUUUAUGUAAAUAAAAAUUAGCUUGGAAGCACAUAAGCGUAUAUAUAUACAUAUGUAUAUAUAUGCAAAAUUAUGUAUAUAUAUGUACAUAUAAGUCUUCACAUAUAUGUACACAUGACAAUGUUGUUGUAAAUACUUUUUAUUUGUUAUUCCUAAGUAAAUUAAUUGUUAUAUUUCAUAAAUUUAACUCAAAAGACAACCUAAGCGAAAUAUACCACCCAUCUAAAUAAAUAAAUAUAUAAAAAAAAUUGAUCAAUGAA